GAAAGUGCCGAAAAGUUGCGAUUGUGACCUUGGUAAAUAAAAUGCGCAUGCGCAAUGUUCAAGAAGACAUAACAGAUAAACAAGUUGACGUGCCAUGAAAUAAUUGCAAAUGAAAUUGGAGUUUUAGUAAUAUUUUGGGCGCUUUUUCUUGUGUGGAAUGAGUUCCGAGCUACAAACAAGAAUUCGUUUCAAUUUUGAAAAGCAGAUGCAUAUGAAAAAUGAGCAACUGGUUGAUAAUGAGUCUGCAGUUAUUGUGAAGAGAAUAUAUGAGCUUCCUUUAAAGUUUAUCAUGCACACCAAGUUUUGUAUUUGAUGCAAAGGACUGAAAGCUUCAAGGAUCCAGCUGCUUGGAAUCGUAGACUGACACUAUCAGUAUCAGAAAGACUUUGUAUGAUUGACUGACCUGCUAGAUAAUUUUCUUAUUAAAAUUCAAAAUAACAACUGGUUUAAAAAUUAAACAUCUAUUUCUAAAAACAUAACAUUUAAGGACCAGAAAAAUGUCAUCAUAUGAUAGCGGGGAUGAAUUUGAUGGGGAGAUUCAGUUGUUUGACAUGACAGAUUUUGGUAGUCCACAUGAUUCUGAGAUUGAUUCUCAUAGUAGUGAGACAGAAUCAGCUCAGGAUGCCUCAGAUGAAUGUGAAUCUGAUGAUGAUAUGAAAGAUGAGAGACCAAAGAAACAGGCGUUUAUGUCCUUGAGACAAAGAAGAUUAUCGAGAGCUCUUGCAUCAUUUGAAGGACUGAAAGUUAAUGUCAAUAAGGCUCAAAGAAACUGGAUUAAUGCCAUCAGGAAGGCAAGACACAUGGAUGAUCCCUGGGAACAGUUUCAUUUAGAUGAUUAUAAAGUGGAAAAAUGCUUAAGACAUAGAUAUAAUGCUCUAAGAAAGGCUUGGCUUACAGAUGAAGUCAGAGUUAAAAUGGAGAAGAAGCCAUUUAACAAAGGUGCCAUGCGGGAGUGUUUCAGGCUGAAGAAGUUAUCAGACUAUGCAGGGGCAGAAAAUUGGAACCAUACACAUAACUUUGUUGCCAAGCGAUACAUGGAAGAAGUUGACCGCGAUGUGUAUUUCCAAGAUGUUAAACUGCAGAUGGAUGCAAAGUUAUGGGGAGAAGAAUACAGUCGACAUAACCCUCCUAAAAAGGUGGACAUUUUCCAGAUGUAUAUCCUAGAAUUCAAAAACAGACCUGACUCUCCAUUAUAUCAUUGUGAACAUUUCAUCGAAGGACACUAUAUAAAAUACAACUCAAACUCAGGAUUUGUGGAGGAAAAUAUUAGAUAUACCCCGCAAGCGUUCAGUCAUUUUACAUUUGAAAGAUCAGGCCACCAGUUGAUUGUAGUGGAUAUCCAAGGUGUAGGUGAUUUAUAUACAGACCCACAGCUACAUACCCUUGAUGGCAAAGAAUAUGGAGACGGUAACCUAGGGCCAAAGGGCAUGGCUCUCUUCUUCUACUCUCAUAAAUGUAAUGAUAUCUGCAGAAGUCUUGGUCUCACAGAGUUUGAUUUGUCUCCAAAGGAAUUGGAACUUCAUAAGGAUGUGGUGAAAAUGAAGGCGGUGGUUGCUCACACAAUUGCUAAGGGAAAUACAGAAUUAUGUUUGAGCCCGAGCCCUGGGGAAGCUGUAGAUGUCACAUUAUUACUUAAACGACAGAGAUCUACGUCCUCUAACUGUAGUGACUCUGGAUUUGAAGGAGUUCUGUCCCCUCUUGACGAGGAACCAAUGUCAAUAGGCUCCCCUUUAAUAGGUAGUCCCAUGAUGAGCUUUAUGCCGAGACAGAGAAGCCGAUAUAUCAGCGAGUCAGAGAGCUCCAUUACAUCACAACAG